UUUAGCACUAAUUGAUAGUAUAUAUGUGUGACUAGUGUUGUGUUGAGUUAGUGUUGAACAUACUUUAGUUAUAGUCAUCUAAUGGCGUUUGUCUGCAAUUACUUGCCGUCAGUAAUCAUAUUAAAUAUAUUGUCAUAUUUAUCACCGAAAGACCGAUUAAGAGCUUCCUCGACAUGCAAGACAUGGCGACAGUGUUUGUUAGCGCCGUCCCAAUGGCCAUACAAGAGAUUGACUGUUGAUUUGUAUCGUAUUAGUGGUCAAAGCCUUCGACGCAAUAGAUAUCACAACAAAAGCUGUGACGACUCGAUAGCCUUGAAGUCAUUUCUAUACAAAUGUUGUCGAUUUCUCACUGAUCUGACCAUCACUUUUGAUCCAAACUCGCCAUCAAAUGUUCAUCACUUGAUUGGACUCAUCGAUAUCUUAUUAGCCAACAAUGCGGACCAUUUUAUCAUUACUGACGGCAGUAAUGACCAGAACGUCAAUAACAAUAAUACUAAUAACAACUAUUCAACACUUCUCGACAACCAAUGGGUAUCCAAUAGUCGAUGUCUGCGACGAUUUACAUUAAAUCCAAUUGCAAUCAAUAAAACACUGGAUUACUUGAACAAUGAGAACAACGCGAAGAUGUGCCAACUGUUUCAACAAUUGGUGCAAAGGUUGGAACAGCUGAUAGAUAAGUGUGACUUCUUAGAGCACAUUUCAUUUGGUUGUCUACAACAAGUGCUCAAUCACUCGAACCGAUUGCUAUUGACAUUAGCCAAACAUCACUCACAAUCACUUAAAUGUCUUCAUUUGUCAUCAGUAAAAGCAAAUCCCGAUUAUUAUCCCGUUUUUGAGCUAUCAAUCAAUUUAUUGGAACCAUUUUCUAUUCUGAAAGUACUGUCAAUUGAUUUUGAUAUAGUAAGCGAUCAACUUCUUCAACUAAUGGCCAGAAAGACAACAAUCGAUACAUUUAUAGUUAACGUUCACGGAAUAGAUGACGAACACAAGGGUCUCACUAAGUCUUCAUGGAGUCUAUUGGUUCAAAACAAUUGUAACCUCAAAGUGACACUUAAUCUCAUUCAUACAGACGACUCAUUGGAUGUUUUGCGCGACUCUUUACUCGAUACAGACAUGCCGUUAGCCCACUUCAGAGCAUAUUUUGUAGGCAUGUUUGGCGCAACUGAUAAUACAAUUUGUCAUUUAGUCAACUUAGUAGCCAAUAGACACUCGAAGACAUUACAAUCUAUGACUCUUAUGACUACUAUGAGUGGACCCGCAUUGGAACCAAACCCGGUGUUUGCAGACCUUCAGGAGAACCCAUUAGUUAUGCUCGCGUGGAGAUCAAAACAACUACACAGUCUUACCAUUAUUGGUUAUGAAGUAUGUGAUGCAGACUUGAUAGCCAUAACCCGAUUGAGAGGCACAUCACUCAAAAAUUUUAUGUUUCCGUUAUGUUGUAUAUCAUUAUUGCAUUCUCCCAUUGCUGAAGACGAAGGCUAUUAUGAUGACUACUUUGAUCGUAGAAUUGCCUAUUUAUUAGACGGAGCGCCACAACACAUACAGACCAAAGUGAUUGAAGAUAUCGCCCAACCAUUAAACCGUAAGUGGACACCAAUGACUUUUGAUCAGUUGCCCAAUGCUUUAAUCAAUGGGUGUAAUUCAUUACAAACUACUUACUUGUCCACUAUUUUAAGAGAUCAGACUCUUUGUGAUGAGUCUCAUAACAAAACCUCUGACACUAAUUAAUAGUGAAGUUUUAGUCGUUUCACUAUUAAUAAUAUUGUUGUUAUUAUUGAUGUUGUUGUUAAAUAUUGAUAUUUAGUCGUCACUUGUAUUUAUAGUAUUUUAUUUUUAACUUUUAUUAUAUUAAUUAUUAUAAU